AUGGCAAACACCUAUAGUAAUAACGAUAUCGAUAGAGACAUCUGUGAUAAAAGUUUAACUCUAGCACCAAGUGAACACUUGAAUUUUUCAAAGUAUUGGGUAACUCCCUGCAUCGACGUUGAAGUUUUAAGAGGCAAAGAGAUAAGAAAACAAAAAUGUAAAUUGCAUCCAAUUGAACAGGAAUACGAUGUAGUUGACAUCGAUUUCGAUAAGCCUUCGUGUUCAACACAUCCAUUUCAUAGGCGUUCAGCUUUACACCAUAAAAAGAAGAAAAGGCACAAGAGUCCGAUCAAAGCAUUUCAUACACUGAAACGUAAGCCAGACCAAAGAAAAUGUCCAUUGAGAAUUGCCGAAUUAGCUGUUCCAACCAAACGACAUUGCAUAGAAACAUGGAGAAAUAAAGGCGAUACUCUUCCUUGUUCUAUGGUGGAAAGAUUAAGAAAAAUAGUUAUGGACGAAACACCUGUAGUAAAAAUACACGAAGCAAUAAGUUGCUUCAAGAAACGAAAAGCCAAGUUAAGAAUAUAUACGUAAAUAGAAUCAUUGUUUAACAGAACACAAAAAAUACAACGUCCAAUUAUAAAUAUAAAAAACAAAAACAUGGAUAGGACAUUAUGUGCUUUCUUUGGAUAUAAAGUAGCAAGAAAACUACUUUCACCGCUAAACAUCACGCUAAAUACGCAGUAAGAACAUAAAUUUGUGAAAUAAUUUAUAACAAAAAUAACUCAUAUAACAACCCUAAUAUUAUAAUGUUGCAGAUUAGA